CGGCACAUUGAUGGAUACUCGUGUGCGCGGGGAUUCUGGCGCUUUGCUCGCGCUGUUAAUAAGGCGGGCGCGACGUUGGGAGGAACCUCCCCGCUUCGAUACCUCGGCCUUCAUUGUUGGGCGUCGGAAAAGCGACUGGCACAACGUGCGUUGCGUGUAUAACGGUCUCUUGACACAUCGGCCUCCAAGGCUACUUCGACGUAUCGUGCUCUUUCCGUCCAGUGAGUGAGGAUUGGUCACUGAGGCCCUCGAGCUAACCGUAAAUGGGACCCAACACUAGGUUUGCGAUCAUGCUCGCGCUGAUAGCUCCGACCUUCCCGGAAACUUCGGUCCACGCCUGGCGCAGUCCAGAGACCCGAGGCUAUAAGGAGCUAUGCGCAAGUGCCCGCCCGAGUGAUAGGGAACGGCGCGAAGGACCCCAUGCACGCCAUUCGCUUGUCAGAGAAGGCCGCGCGGCUCCUGUUCACAGAGUACCGCCGGAGCUCCUGAUACACAUCUUCCUCCUCGUCCGCGACUCCACUCGCACUACCUCCUGGAUCGGGCUCACGCACGUAUGUCGGCCGUGGCGGACGGUCGCGCUCGGGACGCCUCUCCUGUGGACGACCAUCCCUGCGGACAAAGGGCUCCCGUAUCUUCGCGCCUCGCUCGAGCGUUCGAGCGAUGUUCUGGUCGAUGUCAUUUCACAGCGCGCGUCCAUCAGCGUCGACGCCCUGCUUGACACAAUGCGUCCGCACGCCCACCGCCUCCGAACGUUGAAAUUCCCGGCGCGCUCCUGUGAUACAGUUGAGAAGCUCAUCACAGAUAUUGUCGCCCCAGCGGCCCGUCUACAGGACCUCGCUUUGCAAGUGCAUACUCCAUCUCACAACUAUGCCCUUCCGCAACUCGCAUUACCUGAGCGCGAGUGGACUGGCCUCCGUACUCUGCAGUUGAAGGGCAUCGCGCUGCCAGGGCACGCAUCGUCCAUGACGAACCUGACCUCUCUGAUCCUAUCUGACGUUGUCGCCGGAGCGCGCGGGGCUCUGGAGUCGCUGAUGGACCAGUUGUAUGACUGUCGGUGCCUCAGACACCUGUCAAUAUCUGACAACUGUCCGUCCCCUCUUCGGGACGACGAUACCCAGGGUACCAUCCGAGGACGCUCGAUUUCCUUACCGAUGCUUGAGACGCUGAAGCUCUCGGCCCACGCUUCUGUGGUGUCCGAGAUCCUCGCAUCCGUCUCUGUGCCCGCGCACACACGCACCGACGUCAAGUGCGUGCUGGACCCACGCCAAACCUCGCACAAUCUCAUCUCCGCCAUCCUCCGGCGCGGGCCGUGCAACUGGGAGAGCUUCGCGCGGGCCCGCUCGCUGUACCUCUUCGUCGCGUCGAACAUCUUCCGGGUGCGCGCGCUGGACGCGGGUGCGAAGCUGCUCGACAUGGACAUCGAGUGCAAUCCGCCGAUGGACAUGUCGUACCUGCUCCCGGACGCGCUGUGCGAUCUGACGCAGGUGUUCGGGUGCGCGCCCGUCCGCGAGCUGCAGGUGUUCGGGGACCAGCGCCUGAUCAGCCAGGACGACUGGCUGGAAUCGCUGAUGCGACUGCCUGGGCUGGAGGCGCUGGAGGUGGGGUCGCGCGGGCAGGCGGACGCGCUCUUCCAGGCUCUGAGCCUGUCCUCCUCCACGCCGCGCAUGUGUCCGAGGCUGCGGAAGAUGAGCGUGGGCGGAGCGGACGUCGACGAGCAGGCGGCGGACGUCCUCCUCACGUGCCUCGACAGCCGCGCGGCGCACGAUCUGCGGCUCGACGUGCUGGCCAUGCGAAAGCGCGCGGGCCGGGCUCCCCUCACUGCCUGCACUGUCCAGUCCAUCCUCACCACCGUGGGUGUCUUCGACUACAGGUAGCCCUCUGAGUCUCCUCGCUAUCCAUCCUGCAAUAUCCAUGUAGCUUG